CGUUUCGCAAGUCAAAGUGCAAGCGGAAAAGAUGCCGCCACGGUCGAGCUUCGCGACCGAGUUCCUGCUGCGGGAAUUGCUCUCAGCUUUAGGAGCACCCCUCAUCGUUGAACCUGCACCCUCCGACAGCUUCUCUGAGAGUCUCAGCGAAGAUACAGAGCCUCAGUCCGCUGCAAACGGCGUCCAGUCUCGUGUCAUGCUUGUGCGGCGCACCAACAGUUCACAGCAGACUGCAACGCUCGUGGACCGAGAGUACGACGUCGAGGCCUUCAUCCCGAGCCAUGUGAGCGCUGCGCUACAGAAAGAGCGCGGCUGUCAGACGCUCGGAAGACUGCGCGGCAGCGUCGUGCGCGUCACCAAAUACCACUUCGCCACUAUGGCGCGCUGCCUGUCCGCAGACAAGCAGAACCGCCAGACGUCGGUGUCAGCGCCCAAUGUGGGAAACGAGAACGCUCGAGUUUACCUGUGGAUAGACGCACUAGCUAUCGUAGAGGACAAUGAACUGGCCGUCCAGCCACACCCAGAGGUGUACAGUCAUCCGCUAGUGGAGGAGCGACUACAGACAUUGAGUGACACUGAGCUGGAGAAGCAGCUGAUGAUCAACCAAGGACUCCCGCCACUUACAACCGCUGCAAGUGACAGAUUCGAUGACGACCGACCGCUGUUGGAGGAGGAUUGUGUCAUCCCGGAGGACCAGGAGCAGGAACUUGAAGAGCAGGAUGAAUGGGGACCACCACCAACCACUUCGAAACAGCAACCAACAGACUCACAACUGAUUGAAGAGAACGGAUCAGUGCCAAUGCCAGAGUCGCAGGUUGCUCGUAGUCCAGUGUCGCAAGUUGUUCGUGGUCCAGUGUCGCAGGACUCGACGGCGUCGUCGGGGAAUCUAUCAAUGACGUUGUCGGGGAAUCCUUCGGUCUCGUUGAGUGGAGAGUCCGCACUAGACAGCCAAAGACUACUGUUUCAGCAAGAAAAUAUUCAAGAGACGUAUGUGGUUGAUAGUGACGUGGACGGCAACGAUACAGAGGACGAUGAAGAGCAUGAAGAGACAAAGAACUCGACGCCUAGCAGAACACAUUCAUCUGCGGACUUUAACCCAACACCAGCACAGAAUUCUUCUGCGAUUGUUGAUCUUACGGAAGAUUCUCCUGAAAAGCCCACUCCGCAGCCAGCAAAGAAGCAAGCACCAGCAAAGCGAUGGGGUGGAUUAUUUGCAUCGUUUUUUGGCUCUGGAUCUACUAAAGAAACAAAUACCGAUGAGGAAGAAGACUCUACUAAAAAUGAUGAGCAAGCUACGCAGAUUCUGGAUCCGCUGGAUAAGGCGAAGGAAGAGGUGGAAAACGAAGACUUGGAAGACAAGUUUGCACCAGAGGAGUUCAUGUCGUCUCAAGCGACCGUGGUGUUGCAAUAUGCCAUCGAUAAUGACGAAGAUGCUAACGCUUUCGAGUACGAUGGCAUGGCAUCUCCCAGAUCAGUCGUCCACGAGCACGAUGGCCAUACAAGCAACGGGGAGCAAACUGACUUGGCAGACGAUCUGACUUUGCCUGAAGAGGGAAUUGAAGUAGCAGCCACCCCACAGAAAAAAUCGUUGUCACAGAAAGAUAAUGCGGGCUUCAAGACCCCUUCACCGUCCGCACAUGCGUCAACACCAGGCACGGAAAAGAGAGCGGAGGAGACGCCAACCAUAUCGACGGGAUCGCAAGAAACCCCGGCUCGUGAUACGAAUUGUCCUGUUUCCCCUCCAAGCUCCAAAGACCCUGUUUUACCAACAGAUCCUGCAGGUCAACUGUCUCCCGUUAAAAGUCCAUCGAAGCUCGUCAUCUCGGUUGGAUCUGCUGGUCGUAGUUCACACCGACCAAGUCAUACUGGAUUCUCCUCUGCUGGUUCUAAGCGACGUCACCUACAAACUAACUCCGAGGACCCAUCGCCUGCGACUAGCUCUGAACAAGACAGUGCGUUGGAUUCCAAUGUACACAACGUUGCACAAUCGCGCAGUACACAAAAGCGUCGUCGACGAGAUAUCCUCUCGACGCAAGAAGCUAACGAGGCUGGAUCGCAAUCUCCUCAAUUCGAGCAACCUGCUGCGCCAGUGUUACCACGACGACGACUUCAAGCUGACUGCGGGACUGUCGUCACGGAUAGCUAUUCACUCGGUGCGCUGUGGCGUUCGCUGGGCUCAAAUGCACGGGAUCAGCCCAACGAAAACACUCAGAUGCGAUCAGGACAGCCUCGUCGCGCUUGGAAACGAUACGAGAACCUUUUCCCACCACUGAACAUGACCCGAUUGAAGCAGAUGAUGGCAGAAGCCAACCACAAGUAAACGCUAGGUAUGACAUCAACAACUUAGCAUCGUUCUGAAUUACGGCUGUGGCUACAGUUAAAGCUCCCUAAAUUACUCUCUCUCUCUCUCUCUCUUCAAGUCUCAUUUUCAGUACUCUGCUCUGCCAUCGAGAGCGUAUUCACCAUGCUAGGGUGCGCGAAUCCCGCCGUAUGAAAAGCUUGGAAAGAUUCUCCGUAAGCGCGCUGGAACUGUUCGUAGACGUCGUCAUCGAUGCACACAAAGGCAAUUCUGGUGUUCCAACGUGGACGCAGGCGAAUCAAAUCGCGAAUAGCACUGAGCGCAAUGUCUGCAGCGCGAGGCACGGGAAAACGAUAGAGUCCCGUCGAGACGGAAGCCACAGCGGCACACCUGAUGUCAUGACUGUCCAUUGCUAGUAACGCGUGCACAUAUGUCUUGUACAGCAGACUUUCCAAGCUGGCAACACCUCCUGUAGGCCCC